UGGUAGAAUAAGAGCUUUGGAGAGGAAUAAGCUCACAAAGAAGACUUUAGAACUGGCACAGCAGUACUUCUUGCCCCCGUAUGCUUUCCAGAUUCGAGUUGGUGCGCUGUACCUUCUGUAUGGGCUCUAUAGUACACAGCUUUGUCAGCCAAAACAAAAGAUCAGAAUCGCGCUCAAGGAUUGGCCUGAAAUCCAGAGAUUUCAACAGGAUCUGAUAGACUCCCAGCAUUAUGAUGCAGCAUACAUCUUUAGGACACUGCGACUUGCCAGAGCAUUCCAUUUCACAGCAAUGCCAAAGCUACUAAACUACAGAACUAAGAAGAGGAUUCAGGAAAAUGAAUUUAAAGAAGAAUUUAAAGACCCAAGUAACAGAGUAAACAGCCUCAUCACUAAUGAUGUAUUGGAGGAACUGAUGAACAUUCAUGACCACUAUCAGAAAAUGAAGUGCGUCAUUUCAGCUGACAAAUCCCAGCCAGACAAGGCCCUGAGCUUGAUAAAAGAUGAAUUUGUAGUUACUCUUAAAGACAUAACCUUGGAACAUCAGGAAUGGCAGCAGAACAGAAUGAAAUUAUUUCUAAAUGCUAAAGAAACUGAUGAAAUAUCUAAUGAAAAGGAGGAAGAGACUUUGCUAGAAUCAGAGGGCUCUGAAAGAGCAAAUGCAUUGGCUAGAAUCAAAUACAGAUCUUACUCUGCAGUUGUUGAAGCUUCCAAAUCCAGAAGACAUCGUCAAGUAAAAUUAGAAUCUUCUGAAUCAGGAUCAAAUUAUGGGAAAUCUCCAAGCCGAAGUAAAAAAGCCAGUAGGAGACCACAGCCAGCAAGGAGAAGAGAUUCUUUGGAAAUCAGAGGUGAAAUGCAAGCGGCAAAGGAAACUGUUACUCGCCACAUUGGGAUGCCUGUAAUCACAGAAGAAGAGAACUCGGAUGAAGAAGAAGUAUCUCUCCCCAAGAGGAAAAGAAGAUGUUAG